GGCAGCAUUGGGGCGCUCCAGGGGAAUCUUCGCGCUUCUCUUCCCUUCCCCUUGACUGACAAAUGUAGGCCUUGUGCUUAAAGCAAAGAACCCACCAAAGUUGUAUAAUGUAAACCACACUCUUCUCAAUUCCUACCCGUUUCCACUGUCUUCUUCCAAACCAACCAAACUCCUAUAUUGAAUAAUUUAACCUCCACCUCCCUCCCCAACCUCCCUUUUCACAUCCUCUACCUAAAAACCCUCCCUUCUGGCAAAUCUCUCUCAGAUGGAUAUCAAAAUUUUCAUGGUUUCUUUCAUGCUAACCUCAAUAUUGUUCUUUAUUCUUUAUAUCCCCACCAGGUUAACCCUGCCCAUCUCCAGCUCCAGGCCUGUGAUGAAACAUUUCAACGUCUCAAAAACCAGCAAACUGUAUCCAGUUUCUUUUGCUUACUUGAUCUCUGCAUCCAAAGGAGACGCCGUAAGGCUCAAAAGGUUGGUGAAGGCGCUGUACCAUCCGGGGAAUUACUAUCUCAUUCAUAUGGAUUACGGGGCACCCGAAUCAGAACUCAGGGAUGUUGCUGAGUUCGUGGCCGGAGACCCUGUUUUUGGUGAUGUGGGGAAUGUUUGGGUUGUUGGGAAGCGUAAUUUGGUGACUUAUAGAGGACCAACCAUGCUUGCUACCACACUCCAUGCUAUGGCUAUGCUUCUGAGGACUUGCCAGUGGGACUGGUUUAUUAAUCUUAGUGCCUCUGACUAUCCCUUGGUUACACAAGAUGAUCUGAUCCAAUCAUUUUCUGAGUUGCCAAGAAAUAUCAAUUUCGUACAGCAUAGCAGUCGCCUGGGUUGGAAACUGAAUAAGAGAGGCAAGCCAAUAAUUAUAGACCCAGGGCUUUACCGUCGCAACAAGUCAGAGAUUUGGUGGGGCAUUAAGCAAAGAAGUUUACCGACAUCUUUCAAACUCUACACAGGUUCAGCUUGGACCAUACUAUCAAGAUCGUUCGCAGAGUAUUGCAUAGUGGGGUGGGAAAAUCUGCCAAGGACCUUGCUUCUGUACUACACUAACUUUGUGUCGUCGCCUGAAGGGUAUUUCCAGACAGUGAUUUGCAAUUCUGAAGAGUACAGGAACACCACAGCUAACCAUGACCUUCACUACAUUACUUGGGAUGUGCCUCCAAAGCAACACCCCAGGUCUCUUGGUCUCAAAGACUACCGCAAAAUGGUUCUAAGCAGCCGUCCGUUUGCCAGAAAAUUCAAGAAAAACGAUGCUGUUCUUGAUAAAAUCGAUAGAGAACUUCUCAAAAGGCGUCGUGGGCAAUUUUCUUUUGGAGGAUGGUGUUCCAGUGGUGGGAGAAGAAGCAGAGGAUGCUCUGAUUUUAGAAUUGAGAAUUUUGGCGUUCUCAGCUCUGGCCCUGGCCAGAGGAGGUUGAGAAAUUUGUUAUCCAAGCUUCUCUCUGAUAGAUUUUUCUACAAGAUGCAAUGCAGAUAAACAGAUAGGUGAUCCUUUGAUUUAGUUCGAUUGAUUGUUGCUUCUAAAUUGUCUAGAUCUCGUGAAUUUUGUAAUUUUUUAUGUUUCUAUUUUUGGUCUAACAAUGAUGGCUAUUUGGGGAUUCAUCGUGAAAAGAGUAAUGAUUAGUUCUUAUAUUUGGUU